AAAGUUGCACUGCACUCCCUUGUGGUUUGUGGCUGUACUUCACAAGUGGUUUGAGACACUUUGGUUGGUGAUUGGCAAAUCCGGUUGUUGGACCGUGCACAUUGGCCUAGCCGAGGGACCAAUUGGGGCUGUUGCUGUUCUUCUUCUUCUGGCUGUUGCCUUGCUUUGUGCAUAUGAACUCUGUGCUGUCUAUGUCACAGCUGGUGCAAGUGCCUCAGAGCGUUAUUCACCUUCAGGCUUUUUCUUUGGCGUGUCAGCAAUUGCUCUGGCAAUUAAUAUGCUCUUUAUUUGCAGAAUGGUCUUCAAUGGGAAUGGCUUAGAUGUAGAUGAAUAUGUGCGGAAGGCCUACAAAUUUGCAUAUUCGGAUUGUAUUGAAGUGGGUCCUGUGGCCUGCUUACCGGAACCGCCAGAUCCCAAUGAGUUAUAUCCUCGACAAUCUAGAAGGGCUUCACAUCUAGGGCUCCUCUAUCUUGGCUCCCUUGGGGUACUUAUUGUGUAUUCCGUCUUGUAUGGUGUGACAGCGAAGGAUGCACAUUGGCUCGGUGCUAUCACAUCAGCUGCUGUAAUUAUUCUUGAUUGGAACAUGGGGGCCUGCUUAUAUGGGUUUAAGCUUCUUAGAAGUCGUGUUGCUGCACUUUUUGUUGCUGGCAUGUCUCGAGUCUUCCUCAUUUGCUUUGGAGUUCACUACUGGUAUUUGGGACAUUGCAUUAGUUAUGCAGUCGUAGCAUCUGUUCUGUUAGGUGCUGCUGUUUCCCGCCAUUUAUCAGUUUCGAAUCCACUAGCUGCAAGGAGAGAUGCCUUACAGAGUACUGUAAUUCGCUUGAGAGAGGGUUUCCGCAGAAAAGGGCAAAACAGUUCAUCUAGCUCUUCUGAAGUCUGUGGUUCAAGUGUGAAACGAAGUAGUAGUGCUGAGGUUGGUCACCUUGGGAAUGGUACAACACAUUGCAUUGGUGAUGCUAAUAGCUGGAAUAAUGUCGAGGGCAUUAAUAGUGACAAGAGCAUAGAUAGUGGAAGGCCAAGUACAGCAUUACAUAGUAGUUCCUGUCGCUCAAUAAUUCAAGAAGCCGAAGUAGGAACUUCAUAUGCUGAUAGAAAUUUUGACCACAAUGGCUCUUUGGUAGUCUGUUCUAGUAGUGGGCUUGAAAGCCAAGGUUGUGAAUCUAGUGCUUCAACUUCUGCAAAUCAACAAGCACUAGACUUGAAUUUAGCUCUUGCAUUCCAGGAGAAGAUGUAUGACCCAAGGAUUACAUCUUUGUUGAAGAGGAGAGGAAGACAAGGGGAUCUUGAACUGACUAGCUUACUGAAAGAUAAAGGCUUAGAUCCUAAUUUCGCUGUUAUGUUGAAGGAGAAUGGAUUGGAUCCAACGAUACUUGCAUUACUGCAGAGGAGCAGCUUGGACGCAGAUCAUCACGACGAUACUGCUAUAACUAUCGCUGACUCAAAUAGCGUUGGCAAUGCAUUGCCUAAUCAAGUUUCACUAUCAGAAGAACUUAGGCUUCGAGGGCUAGAAAGGUGGCUUCAAUUUUUUAGAUUUGUAUUGCACCACAUAGUGGGUACUCCAGAGAGAGCAUGGGUUCUCUUCAGUUUUAUCUUUAUCAUCGAAACCAUCGUCGUUGCUGUUUUCCGCCCAAAAACAAUAAAAAUUAUAAAUGCCAUGCACCAGCAGUUUGAAUUUGGUUUUGCAGUGCUGCUUUUAUCUCCAGUUGUCUGUUCAAUCAUGGCUUUCCUUCAGUCUCUUCAAGCUGAAGACAUGACCUUGACUUCAAAACCCCGGAAGGUACACGACUUAGUAGUUUUGAUUUUGAUUUAAUGUGAGAUGAUUGAAAAUUGUUUUU